AUGUGGCAACCUCUUCCCUCUCCUCUCCCUCCCUCAUGUUCCUCCCCCUCUCCACCAGGCCUAUCACCAGCAGCAGUGGCAUGCAUCGCACUGGGAUGCUUCUUUGGCCUUGCCCUCCUCGCGGCUACCCUCGUGUGGGUUUCUUCUCCCAACAAACGCCGCCGCAAGUGGGGCGACCUGGACGUGUGUCACGAGUUCUCCCUGCAGCAGCUAAUGCAAGCCACCGACAACUGGGCCGACGCAAACCGGCUGGGGCGGGGGGGCUUUGCGACGGUGUACCUGGGUGUUUCGCCCCAAGGGGAGAUGUGGGCCGUGAAGCGAUGUAGAGUGAUGACCAACGACUUUGAGAAGGAGGUCGCCAAGAGAGAAACUGGUGCAGCUGCUGGUGACAUGCGUCUUCUCUUCCUCCUCGCUUACUCUGCUGUCCAUGCACAGGUGCGAGCCAUGGCAACGCUACGCCACGAGAACCUGGCGCGGCUGCUGGGGUUCCGUGUGGACAUGCAGGUGCGCGCCAUGGCAACCCUACGGCAUGAGAACCUGGUGCGGCUGCUGGGGUUCUGUGUGGACAUGCAGGUGGAGAGCGGGCGGCAGGAGCAGGUGCUGGUGUAUGAAUAUGUGGGGAAUGGCGACCUGAAGCACCACAUCCACCACGCCAAGUGUGAGCCCCUCACCUUCCACCAACGGCUCAAAAUCGCUCUGGGAGCAGCAGAAGGCCUCUCUUAUCUGCACAGCUUCAGCACGCCCAUUGUGCACCGCGAUGUGAAGCCCGCCAACAUCCUCGUCACCGACUCGCUGGCCGCCAAGCUCGCUGACUUUGGGCUGCUCAAACAGCUCACUGAGGGGGAUGGGGAGGGCGGUGCCACGAGGAUCGCAGGCACGCCGGGGUAUGUGGACCCAGACUACAAUCGCACACGGGUGGUGUCCCCAAAGACAGACGUUUACAGGUGGGUGGGUGGGAAUCAUUAA